AGUGGCGCGCGGAGGUCUUCUCGAGUUAGUGACGUGGAGCAAAAUACUUAUUUUCUAGAAAAAAUGUAGAGACCACUUCUAUACUAGAGCCACUGCAGAGUUGUCAGAGGUCGUGUUUGCGGCCCAAGAUGAGGCCAUUUUGUAGUUUCCUGUCUGAUUUAAGACUAAGUAGCAUAGUACGUACCAGAUUUUUAUAUUUUGAGAGUGAGAUCAUGAAGCAAGAGCUGCCCAAUAACUUUGCAAUUUCGACCUUUUCAGGAACGUAAAAAAAGUUGAGUUUUGGGAAGAUUAUUUUAGAGGUUACAGUGUAAAGCACGACUGCUUGUGCUGUAGUGCAAGAUGGCCUCACGAGAGGGGGAGAUGACCUGGCUCCCAGAGCAGCAUGAGGAGCAGCUGCAGCUGGGGUUCAGGAUCAUAGACAAUGCGUUCAAAAACAAAAUCCACGGCCUGGAGCAGGAAAUAAGAGCACUGGUAUUAGUACUGAACAAGUUUACUAGUGUUUCGCUGCAUGAAGAAUUUGGCAUGCAUCUGAUGCAUCAGAUCAUCGGAAGGAGAAGAUAUAAUACAAAUAUUGCAUGACAAAGUUACAACAACAACUCAUCCAAUUUUAACAGCGACUAACGAACGAAGAGAAGACGCAGCAGGUCACGGUGCUACAGAAAAAAAACUCAAGUUUAGCUAUCAAACUGGGAUGAAAAAUUUGCGCUUGCGUGUAUCAUCAUCUGUAAUGCUCGCAGCUGUGUAUGAAAGUUAAGUACGAGUACCAAGAAAAGCACAAGGAUCUGUGUUAUUUUUUUCAUGCUGUACGUUCUUUCCGAAUUAAGUAGGCUUUGGCUCUUUCACAUACCUUGCUCCGCAUUCCAGAAGAUUCAGAUUGGUGCAGUGAGUAUGGGGAAUUUUUCCGGUUGCAUAAGCCAGGUCGAAUUGAUAGAAAGCCACCAGAGGACACAGCAGCUAGGCGAGGAAAAUAAGGUACUUACUACUCAAGAAAUUUUUUGUGCCAACAACUGUUGAUGCAGCGAAUGCUUGACUCGGUGCGAUUUGUGAUGCGUAUAUGAAAAUGUAGUUUGCGUUAUUUGUCAUGCUGUCGUGUUUGUUGUAUGCACAGGGUUUGUCUUCAUGCCAAGUAAAUUUUCAAUUACAAAAUAAACAGGAACUGUUCCGAACAGUACAAGCGCUGAAGAAGCAGGUUAGCAGACUAGACGACCUGAAAAAAACACUCAUGGCAAGCUAUCCGGAGUAAAAACGUACCCACACCAGAGUCAGGAUGAGGAUUUUGCAACACAAACCUAGGAGUUUUGUGAGUCACGCAUGACAAAAUUCGCUAUGCAGUGUAGUGCAGGUUAGCAAGUGCAGCCGCGUCACAGAUUCAUCUGCUCAUUCUGUUCACAGCAUCACAAAUUCCAAAUUACGAGUGGAAAUGGCUCUCAUAGGGAUGCGCAUUACAAGUCUUCCUGUCCUUGCAAAUCUGCAUUACAGCUCUGGUGUGGGUACGUUUUUACUCAGGAUACAAGCUUGUCAGACGUGGAACAGCAAGCAGUAGAGGACGCAAGCUCACUGUAUUAUACUGAUUUUCAUUUUUUGUCAUGCUGGACUAGUGAACUGAUACUGAAUUGUGAUGCUGUCAGUAUUACAUGAGAUGGGCAUGCCCAUGCAACAAUUUCUGAUGCAAUAAUCGCUAUUUACAAAAAUGAACCACACACGACUCACGACACAGGUUAAUGUCAGAAGAGUACCUGAGUAUGAAAUGCAAAUAUGUCUGGGUCUGGAAACUUGUGAAGCAAGAAAGGGAAUAGUAAGCACACUGUAAUGCGCUGCCAAGCAUGACAAGUUUUUCCGUGGUUCUGAGUUGCGUACUCCGCAUGAGAAACUGCGUUUUCGCAUGACAAGCAAAAGGAGCUCUUUGCGGUGACGCAACACAGAGUUGAGAGUCAUGCCAGACUAGCAUAACAAAUCUCGCAACUCCCCAGACCCAGACAUUUUUGCAAUGCAUACUGAGAAGUGCAGUGCCAUUAACCGCCGCGAGCGUGACGGGCGUCCCUAUGAAAUGCAAAAAUGUCUGGGUCUGGAAGAAUGCAACUUGUGAUGCUGCAUUUGCAUUCCAAAAAAAUCUGUAUUGCAUGAGCAGCAAAAGGAAUGCGAUUUUUGCUACGCGGAGAGGGCAUUCGUCAUGCGGAAUACGCAUCAAGAUGCCCUCAAAACAUCUGUGCAGACAUGAUGGCGCAUGAAAAACGUGCAUCACAAGUCACAGAAUCUUCCAGACCCAGACAUUUUUACAAUCCAUAGUCCCAUACCCAAGGCAAGAUGGUAGCCCACAGAACGGUAGUAGAAUUUGUGUUGCCAUUUUGCAUGCAUAGCAAACGGUGUUAACAGAAAAAUUCGUGAUGCAGAAUGAUCCUACAUCCCAUGAGGGAUCUGUCAUGCAAUUGUGCUUGUGCAAUUACCUUUACCGAUCUCUUCACAGUCCUCCGCUCUUCCUACCCCGGCGGGUCGAACGCCCAGGGCGGUGGUGCGCAGCCGAGUGGCCAGUACUCUGAGUAGAAGCGUCGCCACCCCAGACUUGUCAUGCGUAUUUCUUGCUAAUAAAUACGUAGAUUAUAUGAUCUCAUGCGCAGGAGACCCAAUAACGAGCUAGCAGUUUCUCAUGCUGUUUAUGACUUUGUCAUGCUCUAAGGAGCAUAAUACGCUAGAUUUGUGAUUUGACGCCGCUACUAGCCAACCACGACUGCUGCACUAAAGACCCAAACUUGUCAUGCCGGAUAUCCAAAUAACCUCGUUGAUUUGUAUAGCAGAUUCCCCAGUUAGUGUGACUCUUGGUUGGGGACGUUUUCGCAUAGGAUAGCCAGCUCCAGCAGCAGAUAAAUAUGGAGGGCGUCGGCUCCCCUGCUAGCGGCGUGGACGGGAAGCAAUUUUUCCGCAACGCGAGGGCAAGGUUGAGCUACGUAUCAAAGUGAAAAAUCCCCCCACCCCAUACUCAAACUAGAAAUUUGUGAUGCAGAUUUGUGGUCACAAAUCAGCUUUGUCAUGCUAGAAGGGAAAAGAUGCGGACUGUAGUGCUGGUUGGCGUGGGAAAGCCUUGCAUCUUCGGCAUGACAGGGGGCAGCUGGAAGGGGGAAACAGCAUGACAAAUUGCCUGCAAACGAGGCCACAGCUGCGUCUCUUGGCCUUCUAGCAUUACAAGUCGAUUUGUGUACUCAAAUACAGCAUCACAAAAUUCGUUUUCGAUAUGGGGAGGGGGGAUUUUUCCUUUUGAUACUACGAGGCCUUUAACUCCUUCCUCGCGAACAUAAAACGACUGAACAACCACCAGCAGACGCGAGACGAGACCCUAUCAAGUGCUCAUAUGUCUAAGUCUCCGAGAUUGCGAGGUUUGUCAUGCUCGUCUGGCAUGACUCUGGACUCUGUGUUGCGUGGCCGCAAAGAGCUCUUCUUGCCUGUCAUGCAAAAACGCAGUUUGUCAUGCGGAGUACGCAACUCAGAACCAGGAAUGCCCUGUCAUGCUUGGCAGCGCAUUACAGUGUGCUCGCUAUUCCCUUCCUUGCAUCACAAGUUUCCAGACCCAGACACAUAUUUGCAUUUGAUAGACCCUGGAUGAGGCGCAAAGAAUUUUCGGCGCGGAGCACCAGGAUUUAUAUCGAGAGUACUUUCUUAAUGUUAAUGUUGAAUGA